AUGGCUGCAGUGGUCCACUGGUCAGCUGCAGCAGAAGGCAGAUCUAUCUUCCUGCCGCUGCAACAGACCACCGGUUCGCUCCUUGAGCUCAGCAGCACCGCUGCUGCAGCAACACCCUCAGAAGAAAGCAGCAGCAACACAGAGGAGGCAGAAUCAGCCUCCAGCAAAGAAGGAGACGAAGAAGAGGCAUCACAGUCUGAACGACAACAAACAGAACAGAAACCGCAGCAGCAGCAGCAGCAGCAGCAGCAGCAGCAGGCCGCUGCUGAGGCUUCCAGCAGCGAGGCCGAGACUGCAGCAGGCGCGGGAGAGUCUGCUGCUGUGAGCUCUUCUGCUUCAGAGAAAGAAGCAGCAAGCAGCAACACAGAAGCAGCCAAGCAGCAGCAGCAGCAGCAGCAGCAGCAGCAGCAGCAAGCAACAGCUGCUGAAAGUGCUGCAGAGGCCGCAGAGUCAGCAGGCGAGUCGAAGCAGGCAGCAGCUACAGCAGCAGAAACAGCAGCUGAGCAGCAGCAGCAGCAGCAGCAGCAGCAGCAGCAGCAAUCAAACACUGCAGCAGAGUCAUCUACAGAGACAACAACAGCAGGGCCUCACCAGCCCCCGCGCAUGCAGACUAUUACGCCACACACACAUCCAGAAGCAGCAGCAGCAGCAGCAGCACCAGCAGCAGCAGCAGCAGCAGCACCCUCUGGCCCCCCUCAUGUAGAAGAAAUCACAGCUCGUGAGACACCAACACAAUAA